GAAAUCUCCAUUCUUUCGCAAUCUCUCUCAGUUUGAUCUAUUCAUCGAUCAUGCCGAUAGAAAUGCCGAGAGGACUUCCGUUUUCGGUAGAUACAUGGACACCGUCUUCAAAGAAGAAGAGGCAUCAUUUCCUGACUCAUGCACACAAAGACCAUUCUCAAGGAAUCGCAACCCAUUCCGCAUUUCCCAUUUAUUCAACCCACCUCACCAAAACCCUUGUGCUUCAAUAUUCUCCACGGGUUUCUAUCUUCUUAUGGCAGCUUGAUGACUCUUUGUUUGCCCCUAUAGAGGUUGGUCAAACGCUGAUCAUUGAUGACUCGGAUGGAGCUUUCCGUGUCACCGCUUUUGAUGCAAAUCAUUGUCCUGGAGCAGUUAUGUUCUUGUUUGAGGGAAGUUUUGGUAACAUUCUCCACACCGGAGAUUGUAGACUCACACCGGAAUGUUUGCAAAACAUGCCUGAGAAGUAUAUAGGUAGGAAAGACAAAGAGCCCAAGUGUAGACUUGAUUAUGUUUUCCUUGAUUGCACAUUUGGAAGGUCUUCAAUGAAGAUGCCCAGCAAACACUCAGCUAUUCAACAGGUUAUUAGAUGCAUAUGGAAUCAUCCUGAUGCUAAGGUGGUGUAUUUAGCAUGUGACCUUCUAGGUCAAGAAGAGGUACUUGUGAAAGUUUGUAAAACAUUUGGCUCAAAAAUAUUUAUUCAAGAGGCAAACUCUCCGGAAAGCUUCAGCGCUCUGAUGCUUACAAGCCCUCAUAUAAUAACUAUGGAAUCAACAUCCAGAUUUCGAAUGCUUAAUGCUUUUCCCAAUUUACCUGAAAGGGCAAAAGCAAAGGUUGCAGAGACUAAAUAUAAUUUUCAGCCUGAACCUUUAAUAAUACGUCCAUCAGCUCAAUGGUAUGUGUGUGAUGAUGAGCUUUCAGAACUUGAAAGACAAAUAAAACAAAGGUCAAAUGGACCACUAAAAGAUCAAUUUGACAUUUGGCAUGUAUGUUAUUCUAUGCAUUCCUCAAGAGAAGAGCUGGAGUGGGCUUUGCAACUUCUUGCACCACAGUGGGUUGUAUCAACAACUCCUAACUGUAGAGCUAUGGAGUUAGAUUAUGUCAAAAGACGGUGUUUUGACAUGAAAUUAGCACAUAAUAGUCAUAUAUGGAAGCUUCUAGACAUAGAUGUUAAGGUUCCUACAAAUUCAGCCGCAUCAAUUGAAAAUUCAAGCCAUAAAUCUGGUCUAGAUGAUUCUAGUCAAGUAAAGGCAGAAGAAACAGUAAGAAGGAAACUUACUCCUCAAAAGCUACAGAUUAAAUUGUCUCCCCAAAGCAAAAGUUCACCUAUCACAUUAUUUGGAAGAGCAAGGAUUGGAAUUGAAAAUGUUUCUCAUAUGCACGAGGCAAGGGUAUCCCUCAUUGGUGUUUCUUCCCAAGUUGAACAAAAAGUUACCUUAUCUGAAGAGAAUAGACCUAAAAUUAGAAACAAAGAUGAAUCAAUUGAUAUACGGUUGGUUGUUGAUGAAAUGCGAUGCAAAAACCCGGUGGAAGCAGAGAUAGAUGAAAUUUCACCAGAUAAAGAUGGAAUAGCUAUGAAUGUUGCUUCAACCGAAUGCUUUGGUAAAAGCUUUAGAAAUUUAUACAGGUCAAUGAAUGUUCCGGUGCCUCAACCUCUUCCCUCAUUGGUGGAGCUUAUGAAUACUUGUAAGCGUGCAAAAAGGAGUUUAUAGUUAUCAUUUGCUUUUAUCUUCCAAUUUAUCCUAUGAUGUUAGUUAUAGAUAAUUGAGCUUCAUCUCUACAUUGUGCUGCUGAAUAACUAGAGUUUGGUUUCAAAAUGUAAUAGACUUAUUUGGCAUGAGGUGAAAUUGGGGUGGGAUUGAUUCUUAUGUA